GCGCUACAUAUUGUAUUACAGAGGAAAAGCAUAAAACGUCUUCAAAAAAAUUUGAAAUUUGUGUCCUUAAAACAAAGCGUUUGCAGACGUUCAUAGCCUAACAUUCCGAGACCGCUUUUGUCACAUAUGUAUAUGUACAAGUUGUUUCUAAAUUUACAACUGCACUCCUGCAAACUACUUUUGCCGUUUGGAACUCAAUACUUGGAAUAUAAAUUAUUACGAGCCGGAUGUGCAAUAGUUAUUACGAGCCGGAUGUGCAAUAGUAUGCUUUGCCAAAUAGCCGUAGCGGCAAGUUUGCAUUUCCUGGUUUUUCUGCACGUUCGCCUCGACGAACAAACACGGGAUACGAUGGUGGAUUCAAGAUAGAGUUCGUUUAUUAUUAAAAACAAUUGCCUGGCGCGCGGUACGAAACGCGCUUGCCACACUUUGGCAAACUAGUUCGCUGACCUUUAUCCCACUCCUGUCCUGCCCGACCAGGCAAACGUUUAUGUUAGUGCACAAUCAAAACAUCACCGGCUUUUGUGGUUUGAUUGAAUUCUUCUUCAAACCGCGCAUCGCGGCGUGGCCAAAUAAAUGGAUUAGGCAAAAAAUCAAUAGAAACUGGCUAAAGAAAUGUGAAGACUUUCAUACAUACUGUAUUUAUAUUCGCUAACCGUUGCAUAUGUCCGUGAUUGUAAAAAUACAAUAAUUCUCAACAUUUUUUUAUAGUAGUAUUGUACCAUUUUUUGUUCGCAAAGGUGGAAAGAGAUCGGUUGUCCAACAAUUCCGUAGCACCGCCUUUCUCGGUGGGCGGUAACCAAUCAGAUAGCGCGCCAGGCGGAGCUCUGGGCGCCACUCGAAUUAGCGGUAGCACUAGCUGUGAAUAGGGAAGUGUGUGAAACUGUGAAUGAUGGGAAAGCUUAAUUUUCAUUUACUACGCCGCGAAGGAUGCCUUUAAUAUUUCGCAACACUGGCCGGUGAUUUCUCUCUUCGUUUAUUACACUAAAAAACCGCAAAAUGUGCGUAUAAUCGAAAAGCCGUGUAGUGAUUUUGCGGAGACCUUAAUUCAUCUCUCCAUCGUAAAUUAAUUCCGCGGCCGGAUAAUCUGGCUCCCUUGAGAUCAGUGGACAACGCACAAAUGGAUUUCCUCUGCUGUUUCAACAACAGCACCAGCGGCAGCCAACUGCACGGAUUAUUAAUUUCUCAUCCAUUUUCUUUUUGAUCCAUCUUCCACCAGCCAUAUUUCACCAAUUGGGAAGUGAGUAGGGUUUUUUUCGCGGGGUUUAUUUAGUCAACGCGGCACGGCGGCGCGGAGUGUGCGUGUGUAUGCCUGUGCAGAGUGUGCGGCUUUUCCACUCAAUUACGUGAUCGGCCAGUUCGAACGGAUGUGCCGGGGUGCGUGGGGGGUCCAUGUUCAUCCGUGCUGCUCGACAUGACCAACUGCCAACUGGAUCCCUCAUUGGCCUUUUGUUGAUCAGCUUCCCAGCUGGCUGCUGUGCUUGGGAGCGCGGGUUUGCAUACCUGGAGCCGCUGAUUAAUCACACGCCGGCUAAGCAACAUCUCUCCUAAUUUUACAUUUUCUGCACCGUAGAAAGUGGCGACUGAAUUGACUGUUUUUUUAAGCAUUCCGUCCGUCAGUCAGUGCAGUGUGCGAACCGGCAGCCGGGAUCGGCUGUAGCGACAUGAUGGAUGCUGCCGGGUCGGAUGUGUUGACCGGAGUCAUGCGACGAUGCUGGAUACAGAUUGGCUUUCGCCACAGUUUACUUAUCAUUGUGUACAGUCUAUUUUGGAACUGUUUGAUCUCAGAUGCAAAAGAGUAUUACAGGAGGUAUAACAUUGGCCCAAAGUAUACCAACAGCAUUCUGGCGGAUCUGGAAGAGAAUUCCCUGACAGCCAGUUUGCCGGCUCAUGAUUUAUCCACACCCUCCAAUGUCACUAUCGAGAAAGGCCAACCGGCAUUUCUGCAUUGUAAAAUAAAAAACCAAGGCUCACAUAUGGUCUCCUGGGUGCGCUACACCAAGGACUUCAAUAUUGUGACGAUUGGGGAUACGGUCUUCAUUCCCGACAGCCGUUUUGCCUUGGUGCGCAUUCCCGGCGCUCAGGACUGGACACUGCGCAUUCUGGACGUUAAACCGGCAGAUGCCGGUGUCUACGAGUGCCAAAUUGGGACCACACCCAAAAUGGGACGGAAUAUUACUCUCACUGUUCUUGUUGCUCGUGCCAUAAUCAAAGGGGACCCUGAGACGCAGGUGGGCCAUCCGCUGAAUUUGACCUGCAGCAUAGUGUCCAGCUUCAGCGCCCCGGCCAACACCCUCAUCAAGUGGUUCCACAAUGAUAGCACCUACCUCAAUUACGAUCCCACUGCACGCUCCGGAUACCACCUUGAGAUCUAUCAGGCCCACAGUCCCACCGGCAUGUUCAGUCGCCUGAUUAUUCCCUCGGUGCACAAUUAUCAUGCCGGAAAAUACACCUGUUCGGCUAAUAAUGCCGAAUCGUCCAACAUUUUUGUUCAAGUCCAUCCCAGUAAACAACCGAUUGCCCUUCGGCGACGUACCGGAAAUGCUGCACCUCAUCAUCUCUUCGCUCCGAUCAUUCCAUUCAUAACUUGGAUUGGUUUAUUAAUAUUAUUGCGGAUUGGUCCAUUGGCGUAGUCGAGCGGGCUGCGAAAGAUGAUUAGUUUUUCUCGUUGUUCAGUCUUUGUAGCUGGCGUAGCAUCGCAUUUCUGGUGAAAGAAUUCCUGGUGUAUUUCUCUCUUCUCCAGAAUAUUUGAAUUCUCUUUGCAUCUUUAGCAUGCACAGCUGCGAUCCGACGGAUGUUUCUCUUUAAACAAAAUUCCAGCAGACAUCAAGAACACUUAAUGCUCAAAGUUUUUAUUCCGCGCCUAAUGCUAAAAAUGACCAACUCACUGUCGAUGCUCGGAGAUCGCGUUCGAAAAUGUAUAGCGCUGUAGUCGAUUGCAGUUUCGUGUUCAUUUGUGCAAUAAAA